AUGAUGAUACGGUCGCUCUUUUCCGCUCCCCGCGUGCUCCUUUGGUGCCUGGCGGGCACACAGGUAUGCGCUGCGCCGGCCUCCAGUUCGGAUACUGCAACACCAGCCAGAGCAACUGCCGAUCCCUCUUCGACAGCAUGUGGGGAUAUAGUAAAUUCAGGCAGAAUCUAUUUUAAAGCGAGUGAUAUUUACGAGUGCCUGAUUUCGGUUCCAUUCAAUGCAGCUGUUGCCACUGGAUUUAUCGACUACUACAUCGACACAAUCCAGUUUCAAUCCACCUUGGCCUAUCUCAAAAACCCCCCAUCGAGUUAUCAGCGUCAUCCGGUGGAUCUGGUUGCCGGUCUCAAUAAAAUAAAGCAAUCUAUCACCACCGGGGCAUUUGCGAACCAGUAUGAGUUUGAGGCCGCUCUUCAGAGAUUAAUAUAUUCAGCCCACGACACCCACCUUGACCUUACAGCGGGGAUCCUUGGAGCGUUUUCCUUUGGCGCACCAGUGGCUAUUGUCUCGGUGUCCCUGGACGGAACCCAACUUCCCAAGAUUUACUUUUCCGAUGACAUUUCCGACAGCCAAAACGAUGGUACUUGGCAGCCAUCAGCGAUAUCAAAGAUCAAUGGUCAGAAUUCCAUGGACUACCUUCAACAAUAUGCUGCAGACAAUGCUGUAGGUGGUCUUGAAUCGCAUGCGGAUUUCAAUCAAUUGGUUGCCAGUCCCGCACUGGAUAUUCAAGGGUAUUUCCCCAUUUGGACAGGUGCCGGGACAUUCUACCCAGGAGAUACCCUUACAUUUGUUUUUGAGAAUGGGACCAGCGUCGGGCCUAUGCCAUGGAUUGGUGUAUAUAAUAGUCCGGGAGAAACAGGCCCCUUGGAAACAGGCGGUGAUUUCUACAACUUUUUUGUGCUAGGGUACUAUCCAGCCUCAUAUGUCCCUUGGACGAAUGAUGAACCUACCGACGACUCCACGGAUCCUUCUGCAGCUACUUCGACUUUCCCCGCCGCAACAAGCACCUCCAUGGCCAGCCCCACCCCAUCCUCAUGGAACCACUCAGCUUAUCCAAGCGCCCCUGAUGUUGUUCAACCUGAUCUUGGUAUUUUUGGUACAGGAUCUUUGUCAGGCUAUUUUCUCAAUAGUUCGUCAAUCGCUGUUCUCAGUAUCCCCAGCUUCUAUAUGAAUCCAGAAGCAGUUGAUGACUUCUCAAAUACCGUGGCUCAAUUUCUGUCGUCGAGCAAGGCUGCCGGUAUGAAGAAGGUAGUCAUCGAUUUGCAGCAGAACGGUGGUGGAGACAGCCUGCUUGCAUGGGAUACUUUCAAACAAUUCUUCCCGACAAUCGACCCUUAUGGGGGAAGCAGGUUGCGAGCCCAUGCAGCUGCAAACUCUAUGGGAUCGACAAUAACCGGAUAUUUCGAUGAGCUGGAUGAGGAGUACUAUGACUUUUACGGUUUAUAUGCCAACGAAUGGGUCUCAUCAACCCGUAUUAAUGUGACUACAAACCGGAACUUCACCUCAUGGGCCGAAUUCUUUGGCCCUCAUCCAGCAAACGGUGAUAUUUUCACCAGUGUGCAACGGUAUGAUCUAAACAAUAUAUUGUUUGACACGCUAUCGGUUGGAAGCCCAAAUAAUUCGUUUAGCGUGUAUGGGUCUGCUGGCCGACCCGCGAAUGCAACUCAGCCAUACGCUGCAAAUGAUAUCAUCAUCCUCUCAGAUGGGCUCUGCUCAUCUACAUGUGCACUAUUUAUGGAAAUGAUGCAUCAUGAAGCAGGGGUCAGGACUGUUGUCGCUGGCGGCCUGCCCGUGUACGGGCCUAUGCAAGCACCCGGUCUCACUCGUGGUGCGCGCUCCUACGGCAUGGAUAUUCUUGACGCAAACAUUGAUUAUGCUGAGGCGCUGUUAGAGUGGGAAAAGGACCCUAAUCCCUUCUUUCUACCGAAUAGAACGGAAGCUUUGGACGUUUUCGUGUUGGCGGGAUCAAUCAACCUUCGAGACCAGGUCAGAAAAGGCGAGGAUAUUCCCUUGCAAUUCGUGUAUGAAGCUGCAGAUUGCAGGAUUUUCUAUACGCCACGGACUGUCUUCAACUAUACAGCGCUCUGGCAAUAUGCCGCUGACGCUAUCUGGACAAACCCAUCCCUAUGCAUCAAGGACUCUACUGGUUUCUCAUCAAUCAACACCACAAAAACAGCAAUACCGACAGCGUCCGCUCCCCCCUCAGAAACCCCCAGCCCAGCACCAGCCAAACUCGGCUCCAUCAUCAUGUCAAUGAUCUCAAGUCCCUCAGCGAACCAGAAGCCCAUACUCGACUCAAAAUUCCAAGUACGAAGUACCUCUCGCGAUGGACAGCCGUGUCCUACAAAUGGCGAGUGCGGGAAGGGCUUUUUCUGCUUUCAAACAUUCACCACAUGCGCAAGCGGGAAGCCCACGCUAGUGCCAACCUGUGUGCCGAGAUGCUCCGUCAACCAAGAGAGAUGUUCCAACAAUGCGUACUGCCAGCCUCUGCAAAAAGAGGAAUCUGAUCUCCAAAGCAGUUUCGUGGUUGUUUCCGGAUUUUGUCGACCUCCAAGAAGCGUCUGUGCUCCAUCCACGAACAGUAAAGUCAAGUCUGGCAUGCCUGCCCCUCCUCAUUAA